GCAGGCAGUAGUCUCCCGUCAGCCGGCAAGCGCAGCGCAUCGCUGGUGCUGGAACUGCUAGUGCCGGCACCUGUUGGUUCUCGCGUGUUAUUCAUAAGUAGUGCUCGGACGUGGAAAUGGCGGUGGCGCCUCGCGAGUCCGUCGCCGUUCCCCUUUGCCGUCGUGCCGCCCGCGCGGUGUCGGGGUCGCCCUCGUCGCCCCCGAAGUGAUCGGCCCGGCACAGUGAUCAGUGCAGUGUGCUAGCACUGCUGGCGAGUGCGUGGUAGUGAAGUGAACUGAAGUGAAACACCCAUGACCGGAUUUAUACGGGACGGAAUAGCCGCGGACUGACAAAGCUAGGCCUGGGGACGUCCUCGCGUCGCGCACCGAGGAUGCAGACGAAGAAUGUGAACGUGCAGCAAGCGGAAGAGAACAGCGCGCUGUCGGCGAAGAAUGCGGCGGAGGUGAGCGUCGGCGCCCCGGCGGUGCCGCAGAGUCAGCAGGACGCCGACGAUGCCGCCAGCGCCAUGGGAGGUGACAACACCUGUUCCGAGCGGCCCGCGCUCCCGCCGCGCACCAGCCUCAUCAGCAGCAACAACAACAACGUCAUCAAGAAGACGCCGUCGCUGUGGGCCGCCGAGUCGGAGCCAUUGAUCCGCGCGGGCCUGCCAGCCGAGGCAGAGGGUUAUGGGCCUUACAAGCCGGUGCCGCCGCCCAAGCCACUCCCCGUCGCCAGCGCCCAGGCCUCGCCGCCGCCCUACCGCCUGCCCCCGGGCCUGUCCCUGGUCGGGCUGCCCGGACUGUCGCCAGGACUGCCCGGCACCGCCACGGACGCCGCGGACCUGCUGCGAGAGCCCCUGAGCCCGUCGCCGCGGCAGCUGCACACGCACUCCAGCAAGUUCCCGAUCGAGCGGGAGGUGAUCCUCAGCGGCUCCGACAAGGACUCCAAGAUUCCCAUCCUGCACGAGUACAAGAAGAGGCCCAAGUCGGCCGCCGCCAUCGCCCCCGACGCGCCCUCCAGGUCGCUGGCCUGGACGGAAGACAAGAAGGGGGGCGGCAUGCAGCAUGAGGUGGAGCUGCGGUGCCACCCCAUGGCCGGCACGACGGCGGCCUCGGGCCACCAGGGCGGCCACCAGGGCGGCCACCACGGCCUCGGACAAACCUACGGCCUGGCGGCCUCGCACGACGCGCUGGACACCAUGGGCCACGUCGUCUACAAGGCCCAGCCACUCCACGUGACGCAGGACUCCCCGGUGAGUCAGCCCCGGCCCGUAUCAUAUCACCCGGGCACCACCAACCACGAGUCCAUCUACGGCAGUUUUCUUGUUCCCAGCACCCCCAGCGCAAUGCCGCGGACCUGGACGACGACGGACUCCCCCACACGGUCGCGGCAGCAGAUCGAGCGGCAGCAGCAGCUCCAUGCGCAGCAGCAGCGCCAGCAACAUCAGCAACAACAACAGCAGCAGCAGCAACAGCAGCAGCAACAACAGCAGCAGCAGCAACAACAAUCGAUGGCCACAGCCGCAGCACGUCAGCUGCAGCAGCAGGACAUGUACGCCAUCACGGUGGACCCCAGCGCCACGAGCACGCCGACCGCAGCGGAGUCCAACGGCGUGGCUAACGGCGUCGCGAACGGCGCCAAGGACGCCACGCCGUCCUCGUCCAGCAGCAAAGCCUUCCCUUCGCGGACCUACCACUCCAUCAAGGACCUCAUCUCGAGUCGCUUCGGCAACAAAGACUCAAAGCAAGGGAAGGACGCCGACGUGGAGGGCGCCCUCAACAACCUGCAGCAGAACGGCGGUGCGCCCCAGCAGGCGACCGCCACGACGCAGGCCGCGCAGCAGACGCCGCAGAGCACGACGAGGCACAACGGGGUGGCUGAGGACGCGGGAAACCAAUCGGCCAGGACGCCGACGACGCCCAGGCAGCGAGUGUCGGGUCGCGUGGACGACGACUACCAGCACCUGCCUGCGGCGGCGAGCGCGCAGCGCGUCGCGGGGCAGACGCCGUACCGCCAGGUGGACGAGGACGGCGUCUACGGCUCCACGGCGGCCAGGUACGGCAAGGUGCCCGUCAACUCGCCCUACCAGCGCGUGCCCAUGCCACACGCCGUGCACGCUGAGCCCAUCUACCAGCGGUACCCCCAGUCCAUGGCGCAGCCCAUGGCCCAGCCCGGCACGCCCACCAAGCAGCCGCCGCCCCAAACGUCGCAGCAGCAGAGGCCCCAGCAGGGCUCCAGCAACGCGGCCGUGUCCAGCCCGCAGACGCUGCUCCGGGAGCACGGCGUGUACAUGGUGAUGCGUCAGCCCCUGUACGGCCAGACCAAGGCCCCGGAGGCGUCUGGCGAGAGCGUCUACGGCCAGACCAAGCCGCCGCCGCCCCCGCAGUCGCAGCCGCCAGCGCUGGACGAGACCCCGAAGGGUGUCACGUACGGCGGCGGGCUGUACCAGGUGGUGCACGAGGCGCAGGGGAAGCACGCGGCGUACCAGCCCGACGCCAAGAGCCCCGCCGACCCCAACGAGAUGUACGUGGACCAGGACCCCUACGGGCGCACUGCGGGGCCCACGCCGGGGCCGACCGCCGCGCAGCGGCCCGCGCAGCAAGGCCGGCGUCGAACGGCCCGCCAACGGGCCGACGUGCCUCGGCCACGGGCUCGGUGCGCUGGGCCUCGACGCCGGCACCGAGCUGCCCACGUCCCCGCAGACGCCAGGUACGCGACAGAGCCUGAUCCGCACCCCGGAAAGUCCCAUACUCAAACCUCACUUCUUCCCUCAGGCGGCCACCCCUGCGAGUGGGUGGACAUGGUGGAGUCGGAGCUGCGCCAGAUCCUGGACAACUCGCUGGGCAACACCACGGCCGCCAACUCGACGUUGAGCGAGAGCAUCUCGUCCAUGACGCCGCCCCUGCCGCCCCUGUCGCCCGGCGGCUCCUCUCCCGGUGGCUCGCCGAGGGCCUCGGCGCGGUACAACCACUCGCAGAGCCUGCCGUACGGGACCAAGCCCGACUACUCCCUGCUCGAGUUCGGCAGCCGCAAGGGCGUCCACGGCGCGGGGCUGUCGUCGAGCGCCAAGCGGGUGGGCGGCCACGCGGGGGUGGCGGUGUCCGCGUCGCGCGGUUGGCGGCCCGGCAAGCAGCUGGACCGCGGCCACAAGAAGAAGGACCAGCUGCAGAUGUCGGCCAAGGGCGGCAAGAUCCCUCUCAGUGCCUUGGGGCUGGAGGACGGCGCGCGGCUCGACCUGGACUCGAUGCUGGACGGCGCCACCAACACGGAGGAGAACAACACGAGCGAGGAGGACGAGGACAUGAGCACGACGGUGGACGGCGCGGACACCCGGGCCAUCCGGAAGCAGCUGGAGGGCCUGGAGGGCAUGUACUCGGAGGUGCUGAAGCUGCUGGGCGUGCGCAAGCAGCGAGCGCGGUACCAGCCCUCCGACCCUCGCGUCAACAAGCGGCGCCUGUACGGCAGCAUGUCCUCCUUGCCCAGCUCCGUGUCCAGCAGGCCCGUCCGCGACCUCCGCGACCGCCGCAACGCGCGCCACGACGACCGCAAGAAGGUCCGCGACUUCGAGGGCAUCAACAAGCGCUUCCAGCGCCUCGAGUCGCACGUCGUCACCCUGGCCAGGAGCGUCGCGCACCUGUCGUCGGAAAUGCGGACGCAGCAUCUCAUGAUCAGGGAGAUGGAGCACAUCCGAAGCGAGAUGGCCAGCCUGCGGACGCAGACGAAUAUGAUCGCGGCGCGGUCGCAGUCGCAGUCGGUGCCCCGCGGCCUGAACCAGCUGCUGGCCGACAAGGACCCGCGGAAGGACCGCCUGAGGGACCCCGCCGCCAUCACCAACCCCUCCAGGGUCAAGAAGCUCACCAAGUUCUUCGGCGACGAGCCGCCGCUCCUCAGACUCUUCCUCAAGAAGCUCGGCUACGAGAAAUACGCGUCCGCCUUCGAGCAGGAGCGCGUGGGGAUGGUGGAGCUGCCGUACCUGACGGAGGAGCGCCUGCAGAAGAUGGGCAUCCCCAUGGGCCCCCGCCUCAGAAUACUGCAGGAGGCACAGAUCUCGGCGUGCAGGGACACGGUCUACGUGGUGUAGAGCGGGAGCGCCGCGCAGGAGCGGCCGGAGCGGGAGAGGGGAGACCUCAGGGAAGUGCCAACAUUGCCCUCGGCCGUGCAAGCACUCCUUGUCGCUCAAGGGCGCGUCUUGCACGCUGGGCAGCCACUCACACGGGGGCCGCCCUUAAAUUGCGUGACCACUAUUUGGAUGUUAAAAAGCCACAUCGUCUACUGAUAUUUUUCACGUACCUGUUUGCGUAAUUUAAAGGCGGUUCCCGUCAGAUCAAACUCGUCGAUGAAGCGACAGCGCUUUGUCACGGGGAUGUGCGUUUUGGAAUUAUCCGGUAAACGAAGCAAAGAUAUUUUGGAAACCACAGUUCUUGUAUUCACAACUUCGGAAGUGCGUUCUAUUUGCCUUCUUGGUUAAGCCAAGAAAGGUGUAAUUGAUCGUUCACUAGAGAUCCGACUACCCAUCACUCGGACUGAAGUUAAACAUGUGCCAAGAAUUUGCAGACUUGGUUAGACAUAUUUUUCCUGCUUGCUCAAUCAUCAAUCUUUGUAUUUUCUACAAGACUCGUUUAGUGUGAUGUUCCAAGUGGCAUUACUUUGAUUUUAAAAAAAAGGCAUUGUGCCUCGAUCUAGUUACCUGAUGUAUUCAAAAUCAAAACUAUGUGUUCUGUGUUAUUUUUAUGUAAUGUUUAUAUGAUGAAUUUAUGUAUUAUGUUGUUUUGUAAUAUGUGGUUAUAAUAUGUAUAUUUUUCAAAGAUUCAACCGACUUCUCAAGAGUAAGAUUAUUUUUAUUUGUAAAUAGUCUAUAGAGUAAUUUUUUUAUACAUGUCAGCUCAUUUUGUACAAAAUAUCAUUCAUGAGGGCAAUAAAUAUCUUCCAACAGCAA